AUGGGUAAAGCCUACUUUGAAGUUGGCGGUCGCCAAUUUCCAGCGGUGACCUGGUAUAAGGAUCCCGCGUUGAGAAGGACAUAUAUCAUUUUGAUGUUUGUCGUCCUGACCAGUGCCACCAAUGGGUACGACGGUUCUAUGAUGAACGGCCUUCAAACUCUGCCCGCUUGGCAGGAUCAUUUCAAUCAUCCAAAAGGCAGCAAGAUCGGUAUCCUGAACGCAAUCAUGGCUGUGGGUUCUAUCACUGCCAUUCCGUUCGUGCCUUAUGCAGCCGAUCUGCUCGGUCGUCGAAUGGGUAUCCUUGUCGGCUGUAUCAUCAUGCUGGUCGGUGUGGUCCUCCAGUCCAUCUCUGCCGGAUUCGGCAUGUUCUUGGGAGCACGAUUCCUGCUCGGUUUCGGCGUUGCCAUUGCUCAUGGAGCAUCGCCCCUGCUGAUUACGGAACUGGUCCACCCCCAACAUCGUGCCAUCUUCACCACCAUCUACAACACCACGUGGUACGCCGGUUCCAUUGUUGCAGCCUGGCUGACCUAUGGAACAAAUCAUAUCGAGAACAACUGGUCUUGGAGAAUUCCCACCAUCGCCCAGGCAGUGCCUUCUUGUCUUCAAAUCGCGUGUAUCUGGUUUGUCCCCGAGUCACCUAGAUGGUACAUUGCCCACGGAAAGGAAGAUAAAGGACUUGCAAUCUUGGCCAAGGUCCAUGCAAAUGGCAACGAGCAUGAUGAGAUGGUGCAAACCGAGUUCGUUGAGAUUCGUGACACUCUCAGAUUGGAAAGGGAGGCCGAAGGCAAUGGCUGGCUCGAGCUUAUCAAGACCAAGGGCAACCGCCACAGACUUAUUAUCCUCCUCUCCGCUGGUCUUUUUUCACAGUGGUCUGGCAAUGGCCUGGUUUCUUACUACAUCAACAAGAUCUUGAACGAAAUUGGUUACACGGAUACUUUGACCCAGAAUCUCAUCAACGGCGUCCUACAAAUCUUCAACCUGAUCACUGCCGUCACUGCCUGCUUCUUUGUCGACAAAGUCGGGCGUCGCAAGCUCUUCCUCAUCUCCACCACUGGUAUGCUCUGCACUUUCAUCGUUUGGACAAUCUGCUCGGCCAGAUACGCCAUUGAAGGGAGCAAAUCAGCUGCCAAUGCUGUUGUUGGAAUGAUCUACAUCUACUACUUUUGGUACAACAUUGCAUGGUCUGGCAUGCUUGUCGGUUAUACCGUCGAAAUUCUCCCAUACAACAUUCGAGCCAAGGGUCUCACUGUCAUGUUCUUGAUGGUCGACAUUGCGCUGUUCUUCAACCAAUAUGUCAACCCCAUUGCUCUUGAUUCAAUCCAAUGGAAGUACUAUAUCUUCUACUGCGUUUGGCUCGCAUGCGAACUCGCAGUCGUCUACUUCUUCUACGUUGAAACCCGCAACACUCCCCUCGAGGAAAUUGCGAAGCACUUUGACGGAGACAAUGCGCUUAUUGGUGGUGCCGCUGCCACCGACAAGGGACUCAGCAUGGCUACUGAUCUUGGCCUAGAUGGAACCAUCAGCCACAGCACUGACUUGGAUGAGAAGCGUCGUGGAGUCGAGCUCGAGACUUCUUCAGUCCCAGACAAGAGUUGA